AAUCUCGAAAAAUAUCAUCCAGUGUACACAAGUUAAAGAGUUGUCGUGUAAAAUGUACAGCGUUGUAUUGUUAAAUCAUGAUCAACAAAAACAUAACUGCUGAAGCUGUGAUUCUAUCGAAUGCACUGUGUAAGUGCAUUUUGUGGCUGCAAUCUGUGCAAUUAUCUUUCUUCUCGAUGAUAGUAGCCGCUGCAAAUAUUUCUAGCAAGCCAUAACGAGAAGGUCGAUGCAACCAAACAAAUCCUCGGAAAGCGACUUUACCUUCCAGUGAGCGAAGCAAAGCGGGACUCGGCGCUAGGCGACCUAAUCGAAUUCAGCUCAUCACCAUCAGCCGGAACAGCGAGUCGUCAUCAAAGUGGUUGCCGUUUUCGGGACUCUCGAGCUCGGCUCAUCAAAAAUGGAUCAGUACACCGCGGGACCGGCCAAGAUUUCGUCCUCCUCGGGCGCCCUCACCCACACCCCGGAUGCAUCGCGCAGCAGCGACAUGGAGUGCAUCGAGGAGAAUGUGAUCAUAGAUGAAAUCACAGAAGCAGAACCGACGUCAGUAACGUUGCGUUUUUGCAAACGAAAGUUUCUUCGACCAUUUGUAAUCAUCUUAGCGUCCGCGGGACUUCGACCGAGCGCCACUGAUCUGGAGUUCCUUGGCCGCUGGGUCGGACAUUUACAGAGCAUUCUAGUGCUGGUGUUGCUCAUCGUCGGUUACGUUCUACAAUUUCUAUGCGGACUAAGACGUGACCAUGGUUUCGUUGAGGCGAAUCAAUCUACUCCGACAACUUUGUCGCCCGAAGCCGUCCGACCGUUCGGUAAUUGGACCGUACCGUCGCGUCGAAUGUCGGACUUCGCCGCCGGGCGAACGAUCCCAUCCUCGGCCGGCGACACUGCGGGUCACUACGGGCUGCUCGCCUCCGGGGAAGCCAUCUUCAUCUACCUCGUCCCGGCCCUGCUCCACCUGAGCGGAUACAUUAUGGCGGUCUUCAUCUACCGGUUCGCCGAUAACGAGCAGCUGCAGAGUCUUGUCGAGCGGGUUUUCAUCCUGAGUAACAACCCGCGUCGCCUGGUGCUGACACUUUGGCUGUACUUUGGGCUCGGGCUCGGCUGGCUGGCGGCUUCCACCACCUACGUGGCCCUGCUCGGCACAAACGGGGCCAAUGCGUAUGCCGAGCGGUUCGGCUCGUUCCAAUGGACGACGGGAAUGGCUAGGUGGACCGGGACGGGUGAGUUGCUGAAAGUGAUGCUCAUCGUCGCGCUGUUCUUUCACGAUCUCGUGCAGAUGGUGGUGAUCGUGAGCUACGGUCUGAUGUGCUACAUGCUGCGAUGCUACCUGCAGGCGCUGAAGGAGAAGCUGCUCCUACACACAAUCGAGCCGCUCAACUGGAUGAGGGAGAUCUGCGAGUUCCGUAAGCUGCUGCACCAUCUGAACACGAGAAUCUCGCUGCCGGUCGCGAGCCUCACGGUGCUGAACCUGAGCUACACCGUCGCGAGCGUGGCGCACCUGUUCCGCGAUAUGACGGCCUGCCCGAUUAACAUAUUCACCGCCAGCCUCGCCAACGUCCUGCUCUGGCUGGUCAUCGCGCUGAUCCCGUUCUUCCAGGCCGCCAGCCUCACCGUGACCUGUCGCCAAACGCAAUCCUGCGGCCACCUGAUCAGCAUCCGCCCGUACGUGCACCGGAACACAUCAUCCGAGGAUCUGAACACGGUCCUGCUGUACGCGUCCUCGCUGAAGAUGUCGGCCAAACUGUUCCGCAUGCCGGUCAGCGCCCACUAUCUCUGCUUUCUCGUGCUCGUCUGCUUCAUCGGCAUCGUGACGUUCGGAAUGUGCCUCAACAUUUCACUCGGGCGAUUUUAGGAGAGCGCGAGAGGUCGGCAGGGUCGCAGGGGGGCACAAACCCGACGAACCGGAAGGAAGCGGUGCGUUUCCGAUUGGACGUGAAAGAACGGGUCCAGAUCCACUUAGCAGUAAAUGGUCGAGAUUCCCGGGAAGCGAUGUGUGGUUCCGGUUUGCAGGAAGAAGGGAGCCACGUAAAAAAAAACCCAGUUAAACUAAGAAGACAAAAAGAACGUCGAAGGCAUCCGGAACGCAUCUCGCCAUUCCCGUACCGGGAGCACUAUUUGCACAAUUUUCCCUACACACAACGAACAAUGGGCUGGAUGGGCGGUGGUAUGCUUUGCGUUUCCGGGCAUUGCGGGCCAAAGCGGAAGUGAAUAAUAUCGUUACGGUGCCGGCAAUCGACGAAAACUGUCUGACAGAUGACAAUCGGCUCCGGUGGCGUUCGCGCUCGUCGACAGCCGCCGUCCGUAAUCCGAUCCGGUUCAUUGUGAGCAAUUCGCAUUUAAUCAUCCCUGGCACACAAAGUGCCCGGGACGGAACCCCGGGGUUGCGGGUUCAACGAGGCAAGCGGGGUAAAAACUUCCAAAUGGGCGCAAACAAGCGCAGGGGGAAAAAACUUUCUCCGAUUUGCCCAGCCACCGACAAUUUCCGGUUCGAUUUAUGCACGAAAGGGGGAAGAUAUUUGCAUGUUUCCCAUGUUUGUUAUGCAGUCAUAGCCUUAGCUGUUUAUCAACGCGCUUUCUUUAUGUACCACGGUGUACAUAUGUUAUGCGUCUGUUUGUCUUUUUUUUUUAUAUAUCUGUCUUUUCUUAUCGUUUGUUGGAGUUGUAAGAUCCCACAUCCCCUCUGUGCUCUAGUGUUUCAUCUUAAUGUUUCCUUGCGGCACCACUUUGCUUCACUCGCACGAAACGAUUGUAAAUAUUUUUCAAACUGUUUGU